CCACUCAGAGAUUUUCCUUUACAACUUCUCGACAACCCCAGCUUCAGACAGAAUUCCCCCCCGCUACCAGCUUUUCCCUCCUCCCUCUUUUCUUGAGCUUGUUCGUCAUGCUCCCGUUGUGAUCGCAUCUCUAGAGGCCUUCCCCCUCAUCCUCGCUGAUUGCUCUCCAGCUCUCUGGCAUCUUUACCAUACAAUUCCCUUCUACGCAUACCCUCGGCUUCGGCACAUUCCAGUCCCUGUGACGUCGCCCUGCACCCCACUAGCAGAUUUUUGACGCCUCCAGCAAACCCGACACCGGCUCUCUCGCUCGCGAUCCUCCAACCCGCACACGACCUCUUCGAACCCUCAAAAUCCCCGGGGUAUCUUUCUCCACAACCAUUCUCGAAUACCCUAGCUGCGAAAUACACAUUGCAGCCCCGGCCUCGACGCCCUCUUCUCUUCCUCAGGUCCUAGUCAUACCCUCGAGCGGUUCUAGGUUCAGCCUCCAAUAUCGCCGGUUUCGCCCGACCACUAUUCUUCUCUUCUUUAUUCAACCAUUGCUUCUCAAGCAACCAGCAAAUCUUCACAAUGGUCCGCAAUAUCAUUGUUCUCGGAGGCAACUCCCACCCAGAGCUGCUCAACAGUGUUUGCAACAACCUCGGGCUGAACCCAUGCGAGCGCAUUCUGUCAAAGUUCUCUGUUGGAGAGAGCCGCUGUGAGAUCAAGGACUCUGUGCGCGGCAAGGACGUCUUUAUCGUCCAGACUGCAUCUGGCAAUGUCAAUGACAACUUCAUGGACUUGUGCAUCAUGAUCUCUGCCUGCAAGACGGGCUCUGCCAAGAGAGUCACGGCUGUCAUGCCUCUGUUCCCCUACUCAAGACAACCCGAUGUCCCCUACAAGAAGGCCGGCGCACCUCUCUCAAAGUCAGCAGCAGGGACAUCCAAGAACUACACCUUUGAGAGUGUGCCUGCGACCCCGGGUCCUGGCAUUGCGCGCAGCAUGGGCCUCCCCAACGGCAUUGAUGGCAUUGCCUCAAAGCUGGCUAAGAGCAAGCUCAACGAGGAGCGAUCUAAUGGAAUGAACGGUGUCGAUCAUUCCAAGACCAAUGGCAACGGUCGUAACCACCAUGACUCUGUAUCCUCUCAGGUCAGCUACACCAACCAUGACAACGAGCAACAAAACCGAAUCGAUGGCUUCCAGUCCAAGCCUGGAUACAAGCAGUGGGUUGCCCAAGCUGGCACCCUGGUUGCUGACCUCCUGGCUUGCGCUGGUGCGGACCAUGUGAUUACGAUGGAUCUCCACGAUCCUCAGUACCAGGGCUUCUUCGAUGUGCCGGUCGAUAACUUGUACGGCAAGCCUCUCCUCAUGAGAUACAUCCGCCAGAACAUCCCUAACUACAAGGAUGCUGUGGUUAUCAGUCCCGAUGCUGGUGGAGCCAAGCGCGCCACUGCCAUCGCUGAUGAGCUGGACAUGGCUUUUGCCCUGAUCCACAAGGAGCGACGCCCGACCAAGUACACCGAGCAGCGCAAUGCCAGCAUGAUGCUGGUGGGUGAUGUCAAGGACAAGGUCUGCAUUCUCGUUGACGACCUCAUCGAUACCGGCAACACCAUUACGAGAGCUGCCAAGUUGCUCAAGAAGGAGGGCGCUACUCACAUCUAUGCCCUCUUGACGCACGGCAUUCUCAGUGGUGACGCUAUCCCGCGUAUCAACGCUUCCGCCAUCGACAAGAUGGUCGUGACCAACACCGUUCCUCAAAAGGACCACAUGCGCGCCUGCUCCAAACUCGAGUUUUUGGACGUCUCUCCGGUCUUUGCGGAGGCUAUCCGUCGUGUCCACCACGGCGAGUCGAUCAGCGUCCUUUUCCAGCACAACUAAAAGCAUCAUCACGCGGCGUUCGAAAAGAAACAUCGGCUUUUUGCAUCGGAGGGUUUAUUGGAUUCCAACAACUGCUUCUAGGGAAUCCCAGCAACCAUUGGUGUUGUUUUACUGGCGUUCAGCACAGGUGGUGGGUUGAGUGUGGCAUCUUUUCUUACGCCAUGGACAUUCUAGACGUUUUCCUCUUUUACCCGGACUUAUCAACAACAUACCAGCUCGUUUCCCAUUGGAAAUGAUGCAAACCAGUGGCAGCCCCGUUUGGCUAGCCACAUUGCUACACAAAAACAAGAUACUUAGAACCUCGUUCGUAAGAUGGAGGCUCUCUGUACAGCGGAACAGCGGACCCGAAGGGGGAGCUUUGCUAUACACACAAACUUUUCAUGUCUGAUGGGUUACACUUGUCCGUUUUACUGUUGGCGACUUUGAACGUUUCUUUCAUGAUUUUUGGGACUUGUGCGAAACGGGGGCCAGUACAGUGCUGCGCAAUAGUCUUCAUCCCGUCCACAUAACAUAAACAUAUCCGUAGAAGGUUCAGCCGCUUGAUGAUCGUCAGCGUGCCCGUAGACAAACCGUG